GUAAUCUGUUUCAUUAAAGGCGUAGUUAAUCUUUAAGCUAAUAGUUUUUUUAGUAGGAGUUACCUUUAGGUAAUUUGUAUAGGUAAUUAUACAUGUUAUCAAGAAGUAACCUACCGUUUUUUUAUAUACUUUGUAAUUGAAAAUAUAAUCGUGACAAGUUUCAGUAGAAUGUCAACAUAUAUCCUUAUUUGUUGUGUACCAUGUAACGUGAUAUUUCUGUUGGUAUUUAACGCGAAAAACGUUGCUCAAUCAAUUUGCAAUAUGCAUCUUAAUGAUUGUAUUGUUUCGUAAUAAUUUGAGACUUGAAAUUACAAACUAUAAGUUUUAAUAUACACUAAAAACUGAUAGAAGUUACCUAUAUAAGCAACUGAAUAAAGAUUUCUUCAUAUAUGGUUGAGAUGAAGGUAUAUUCAUUAUUUUUAGAUGGUUAAAAAAUUUGUUGAAGCAUGGUGCUAAGAAAAGUAUAUUUACUACCUUUAUUAUUGUUUGUUUUGAUUCCUGUAACAUUUCUGAUCACAUACGUCAUAUCUAUCUGUCUUCAUCAUGUUGAAAUUGAGUUUCCAUAUAUCAGUGAUACAGGAACUUACAUCCCAGAGAGUUGUAUUUUUGGAGAAUUGCUAACUAUUGUAGCACUUUUUUUAAUGGCAACAACCUAUGUGAAAUUUAAGCAAGUAGAACAAUACUAUCGUGAUCAUCUAUCAGCAGAGUCUAGUAAAGUUUUGAAGUUCAAUCUUGCAAGUUUAUGGAUGGGAUGGAUAGGUGCAUUUGGAGUGACCUUAGUUGCAAAUUUCCAGGAAACCUCUGUGUCAAUAGUACAUUUUAUUGGUACCUUUAUAGCUUUUGGAUCUGGCAUAGUAUAUAUGUGGCUUCAAACCAUAAUGUCUUAUUAUGCAUAUCCUCUUCUGAAUUCUUUAGCAGUAGCUCGUGUCAGACUUGGAUUGGCUUUAAUGUCAUCAGUAUGUUUUAUCAUAACUAUUGUAACAGGAGUUAUUGCUAUGAAACAUUUUAAUGGUAAAGAUCCAACAAAAUGGUAUCCAAAAGAUGGAGGAUUUGUAUAUCAUCUAAUAAGCACAAUAACAGAAUGGAUAUUGGUUAUGGGAUUUGAUUUCUUCUUCCUAACAUUUGUUCGGGAACUACGGCAUAUAUCACUUCUGUCACCACAGGUUCAUUUCCUUAUAGAAGAACUUGAUUUACCAACUAGUGACAUUUAUCGGAGUGAUGAACAAGAGAUCACACAUAGUCAAAAUAACUUUAAUUCUUCAGUUGCCGGUCUGCAAAAUGUGAACUCUGUUGAACAAAAUUAUUUAACAAUCCAAGCAGUCAUUCACUGAAACGAUAAUUCAACUGACAUUAUUUAAAAUGUGCACAUUCCAUUUCAUCAUUGCUCAGACAAAGAAAAGGAUUAUUUCCUUCAUUGCAAAUUUCUGGUCCAUCUCUUUAAAUUUAAAAGAGAAUAGUAAAUAAGUUUAUAUAAAAUAAAUAGCAUUCUAUAAUUUUAACAAAUGUGCAUGAUACACAUUUUUAUUAAUAAAUAAGUUUUAAAAUUCAGAAGCAGUAAAGUAAAAUCACAUAUUUGUUCUAAAUGAAUCUGUAUUUCGUUAAAAUAUUUAUAUUUUUAUCGAAUAUAUUUUAUAACUUGUAAAAUCUCAAUGGAUUGUACUUUUAAGUUUAUUUUUGUUAAAGCUACAGAGUUUAUUUUCAAAUAAGUUUUUUCUUAUUAAUUAUUCUUUUGCUCCAUUAAGAAAGAUAUGAAUAAUUAUAUCCUGUAUAUAAAUUUAUUAAUGCCGUUUAUAAAAAUCAGGGGUUAUGAAUCAAUAAUAUAUAAAUUUACAAU